CUCCUUCUUGCCGAUGACACGUUGACUCCGUCAGAGUUCAGAGUUUGCAGCGAGGUUGUUGAUAUUCCAGUUCAACACUUUCGAUUUUGGCCGUCUCCUACGAGCGAUGUGAUGGCCUUCUUGCGAUUAUUCAUGCGGCGGCAGUUGCCCAUGACCGCGUCACAGUUGUCUCGCGUUGUUUUGAGGCUUUCGCGGUCUCCCGGUGGCGGGCUGCCAGACACUACACGGCGGCAACUCACCGAGAAGGGACCGUGGGGGAAGAACCGGUUACAGGAGCCACCACAGCAGUACCAGCUAUCAGACCUUGAUAAGGCAGACGCAUCGAUGCUGAGGAAGUCUCACGAAACAGGUUUCCUCUCAUGGUUCCGAAAUGGUCUGCUGGCGACCGGAAUCGGUGUCAUCGCCUUCGUACAGAGUGAAGUGGGACGAGAGGCAGCAUAUGCCUUCUUCAUCCUGGGUGGUGCGUGCGUGUCCUUCGGUGCUGCCUCCUACGUGGGCAGCCUCUUGUCGCUACGGAAGCUGAUGCUGCUUUCUGUGCCCGCCGUGCUCAUCCAGGGAGCCGUGGUAGGCAGUGUGGCUCUCUUCUGGCUGUGCGCCGUAUCGCUCUACAUAGGCCGCUUAGAGGUGGAAAUCAUCCACGAGGACGAUGAGGAGGGAGAAGAGUGCCAGGAGUGCCGCGAUAGGCGUGAGCACAGAGGCUACCGAGGCCCUCCGCAUGAUAGGAGGCACCACGACGACGGAGAUGGCAAGGGGAUCGACAAGUAGACGUUUUCCAGUGAGUGCGUGUGUGCACGUCUGCAUGUUUAAAGCAGGUGGUGUGUAUCAUUACAAGUGAACUUAAAUAUGCGUGUUAAAAGGGCCAUAGCCAAAGUUUGGACUUCAGUCACAGGCCCCUUUUCAUACUGGUUAUCCCACAGAUCUCUGUAUACACUCUCUGGCCACACCAUUAGGUACACCUGCACAGUGUAAUAAGCAAAUCUUUUUAAAGCUUGUGGUAAAAACUACUAAAAACUUUACUCUGUGAGGAAAUACAGGUUGACAUUAUUCGCAAUAUAAAACCGCAAGAAAACAAGCAUGUAAAAUGGUUAUUAGAAGUCGACACACCCCAUUCAAAUGCCAGGGUUUUGUGACAAAAACAUCAUCACAAAUUAUUUACAAACAUUUGAACCAUUAAUGUGACAUAUUUUAAUUCAUAAUUGAAAUAAGAGUGAAGGUAUUCCAAAUAAACAUCUGAGUUGAUUAUAACUGUUUUGAAUUAAGCAAUCACAUUGUAAAUCAUUCUGAAUGGGAGCCACUACCGUACUGAUUUAACUCCACAUAAAGAUUAAGAUGUUUGAGCAACUUUGAUGGGAAACAAAAGUUAAAAAAUGUAGGAAAAGCCUACUAGAACGUCUGAACUUAAUCAGAGGCACUUAAAAUUAUGGCAUGUUUUUCCUGACGGACUGCCACUUUCAAAUGUUUAGUUAACUCUGAACACGCCCAUGUACUUCGGAAAGGGUGUAGUAUUUUACAACCAGAUAAAUUCAGUUAAUUUUAUACUGCCUCUUGUAAAGAUGAUUAAAAAAUCAGUUUUUUUUGCAAAUAUUUGAGGCGUGUGAAUUUAUUGGAGAAAACGGUUUAUCAUGGUCUCAUUUUUGAAAUCACACAAACCUGGAAUUUGAACAGGAAUGUGUAGACUUGUUGAAUGUUUGUGCAGUUAUACCUAAUUAAGUAUCCAGAGAGUGCAGUUAUUACGUUUACUAGGUUCUUGAUAUACAUGGACUCACAAGUGGGCGCAUGUUUCAGGUUCCGGUUUUUCGUUUUAAGUAUUUGUGAAUCUUAUCAAGGGCUUACAGCUUUUUUUUUUUUUUUUUUUUUUUUUUUUUAAAACAGUGGUGUAAGAAUUAUAAUUUUAAACAACUAUAGCACCUUGGUAAGCUCCCGUUGUAUUGUCAAAGUUUUUUUUUUUUUUUUUUACCCCUCCGUGUUGUAAACCUUUAAUAUAACUUUGUGUCGCACAUGAGGGUAUACAGUUUUAUUUUCUUUUUGGAUGUUGUAUAGCGGCUGGGGUUCUAUUUUUAUUUAUUGUUUACUGGUUGAUGUAAGCGCUGUCAAUAUACCCAGCAAACAGUGGAAUAAAACAUGAGAGCAAAACUGCUUGGUUUCUUUGUAGGGAUUCCUACAAUCAAUCACCCUUACUAAUAGACAAAAUACAAAUGGUUGGGUCUUAAUUUUAGUUCUUUGCUGCCUCUUGCUGGUCAGUCUUGGGACUACAAGAGAAGUGGUAGUGCUAUGAGUGCUGUUCUGUGUUUGUAUUUCUCAAUUUUGGCCCAAUUUUUUUGUUUUAUGCGACAGUAUUUCGUGCAUUUUCCUGUAAGGUCUCAUACAUUAACAAAAUAGCAUUAGUUCUGUAUAGUUUUCAGUACAACAUGCAUCGAAUAAGGGUUAGCUUUCUAUGGCUACCAUAGGCGGAGUUUGACUUUUGGGUCGGGGUGGGGCACAACAUGUUGAUGACCCCAAAACGCAGUGUCAACAAUAAAAUUAACUUACAAGAAUAUUUAUAAUAGUAAGUUGUAAUGAGAGUUUUUGUUUCCUCUCAUUCUUGAGAGCAAUUAUACAUCAGGCUGCUUAGGCAAUACUUUUCGCCAAGAUCGUCAUCCAUUGAAUUUGGUACGCCCGCCGGUGUCGUGCCAAU